CGCUGCUUGAACGUUGUGGACUCCAAUUAUCCAGAUAGAGGCAGUUUGAAGUAUGUAUGACAGUCAUGUGGCUGGGUGCAUCAUGUAGAUUUGUGAUUCUCGUAUAUUAGUUAGACAGAUUCUUGUUCGGUCCUACUGCUUGGGUUUUUUUCAUAUUGGUUAGUUUGGGAAUCCUAGAUUUGAUAAGAAGCAUUUUGAUCGUAACUGGAUGGGGCGGCGUUUGUUGCUCACGUGCCGUUUCUGAUUAUUCGUCGUUUAAUUUUUGUGUUCUGGAAGGCCGCAGCGGCAGCACCGGUAACGAUGCUGAAAAAGACCAUAACUGGACGAAGCUAUUUUUGGCCGAUACGUCUCCUCGUUCUCUUAGCUGUCGGAAAUUUUUCUUCUAGCUUCGCCCUCGAUAAUGGUCUUGCACGUCUGCCGCCUAUGGGGUAUGAGAAUUUGACUCACCUAUCAGAUUCGUAGUGUCCGGGUGUGCCGAUCUGAAUGGACGGAUACACUGAUUUCUUUUCUGGCUGAUGUGAAGGAUUCGUGUCAGUACACCCUCAACACAGUCGUGGUAAGAACCUUCUUCCUAGGAUAUCGUCCUGUAGUGCCUUGAAUAAGGUGUCGCAUCUGGUGCGUCCACCUCAAUUUCACCAAUUCACUUUGAGGUACAACACGUGGAACGAUGUUGGGUGCGAUGUCGACGAAAAGACCGUGCUGAGCCGUGCCGAGUAUCUAGUGUCCAGCGGUUUGAAAGAUUUAGGGUACGUAUAUGUCAAUAUCGACGACUGCUGGCAGGCGCCAAAGCGAGACCCCGACACAUCGCAGCUAGUCCCAGACCCCAGGCGCUUUCCCAAUGGCAUGCGAUAUCUUGCUGACAAAAUCCAUUCACUCGGCCUCCUUUUCGGGAUAUACACGGACCGCGGAACUGAGGUAAGUACGAAUCUCGGUUCUGUCAUGGCUUAACGAGUAUGAAUGGCUACAAUUUGCAUCUUGUUGUCUUAUCUAUCCGUAACUAGAUAGUUCAAUUACAAUUUGUAUCAUUAUCAAUUGUGGCAUUCUUUUUCCAGUCUUGAUCCUCUUUGCAAACAAAUGAUUUCAGACGUGUGCGCGUCGACCGGGCAGCCACCAGUUUGAGGAGCUCGAUGCGCGAGUUUUUAGUAGAGACUGGCACGUAGAUUUUGUUAAGAUCGAUAAUUGCUAUGCUGACCAAACAAGAGAAGCUGCGUUGCUAGGCUUUCAGGCGUUUCGUGACGCAACACUUAAGCAGGAACGAAAGGUAGAGCUUUCCUUCUCUUCACCAAGCGAUCUUUCUAAUCUUCAGUAACAGCGUUGACCCAGGAUAAUUUUAUGCCAGUUUAUACUACGAUAAUUUGGUGUACGUGGAGCUAGAUACACGACACAGUGAAUAUCAACAUAAACUGGCCUACAACUCCUGCGAUUCGCUUUGUAUUCUCUGAGAAUUGUGGCUCUAUCAAUAGCUAGUUGUAUUUCUUGUCUACUGCACUCCAUCAGAUGUUGUAUUCAGUCUGCGGUGGUGGCUGGACGCAUGCUUUCUUAGACGAUCUGAGUUUCUAUGCCAUGCGGCCUUUCGGCGAGCAGCUCUCGAAUAUGUGGCGCAUCAGUGCUGACGUUGUAGACGAUCUUACGCUAGUCGAUGCUGUGAGGCACUACUACGGCUUGCAGAAGUACGGAGGUACUAAUAUUGUCUUCUACAAGUAGCGCACAGAUAUCUUGUUGACCAGUACCUAAGAAAUUGAUUGAUCUAUAUUGCCCAAAAAGAUCCAUUCCAGAAGAACUUUUCUCUACAUCAACUGUCUUGCCACCUAGUAGCGUUUAAGUAUUAUCAUCAGGAGAGGGGGGCGAUUGGAUCGAGCCAUCCACGUUUCGAGCUGUAGGAGACAAAAUUAUGGGUCUCUUUCAACGAUGCAAAUUUCCGGUUUCUAUGGCGCAGCAGAAGGCUCUGGCAGCAAAACGGCUUGCGGUGAAAACGAUCGAAGCCAUUGCGUUGCCGUUAUUGCAGCUCGCGUCUGUUCCGCUAGUGAAGACGAAAAGGAACGCUUUUCCAGCGAAAGACGUGGUAGUCGAAGCACUGAAAAGCCAGGAGGUGAAACUCAAAGACGAGUACGGCGAACCCCUAUCGUGUCGGGAUUUCGUUAAGACGUACACAUCUACUCUAGCGCGCCACAAGAUAGUAAGGAAGGAGCUUGCGCACGUGAAGCCAGACGAGCAAGCGGCUAGCUACGACGAAGGAUCCAACGACAAAACUUAUAACUUAGUCGCACACCUACAAGCGAAGCACAAGAUCGCACGAAGGAGACCAGGACACACUCGGCAGCGCGGGCACUGGAGUGCGUUACGCAGUUGGUGGCUGGCGCAGGACGUGGGGCGCCUGUCUCUGACAUACCACAAAUCUGCGCCGACGGCACGAGUGUGCAAUCUAAGGAGGAGGCGCCAACGCCAAAGGGCAUGGCUGGCCUCUAUUUUUUGAAAAGUGAGUCAGUGGAUACUAGCGACGCCUGGGGUAGCAAAAGACAUCAGGCGGCCUCGGCGGAAGAUGGCGGAGAUUUGCGAGGAGGUGCGGGGAGUAGCUAAGCAGGUUCCCCCUCUGCGGUUGACUGAAGCGCAAACUCGGCGAGCACGUCUACGAGUCAGUGACAACCUACAGGGGCCUAACGGUUUCCGUGCUAGGUUAAUCAAGAUGGGGCCGGGGUGGGUGGAUCGAAAGCCAAAGGCUACCUAUAGCAAGAUGCUGGAUGGUUUAGCAGAUAGCGGGCUAUUCGAAGCAUGGAAGUCGGUCGCGACUUGGGCAGGUCUUACAUCGGAAACGUGUAGCAUAAGAAGCCGCGGAAACGUGGCGCCAACGGUGUCAGGAUAAUAGUCCGCGGCUGUCCUUUUCAACGUGCUCCGUUGUCCAUGCUUGGCGGCAUGUGGAUGGAGUUCAUCGAGACGCUUGCUGCUGCUGGAGGCGUCGCAAUCAACUGCAGGAAUGGCGUCAGUCUUUACGCAGGCUGUGUUGGAGCGCGUGAAGAUGUAACUCGUUCACGUUCGGCGAGUGUCGGGGCUAUACUUCUUAGCCACGACGCUCGUCAAAUGUUUAACCUUCUUCAGCUAGCUCGCCUAGUGGCGACGCUGAGACUGUACCAGCUUCGCCUGAUGCUUAUCCUUUACCAUUUGGUAAGGUGUGGAGAAAAUCGCGCUAGGCUUGCGGCCGGGCAGACGAGUCAUCAGGCAUCUAUCGCAUCAGGCAGCGGCCUCGCUGUCUUCGGGGACAGCUGGACGCUAUGAAGGACUGCAGGCAUUUGGGCGCUGCUUCCUUUUUUGAGGUUAAUAGUAACGCUGAUGGCAGUAUGGCGGGCUUAAGUAGUUAGUUGGGCGUCAAGUUAUAAACUGGAGCUGCAGAAUUUUCGUCGCCUUCGUCGUCGAACGAACUCGGCGGCCAGCGUUCUCGCCCAUUGACAAGACACGCGCGGAAGGCCUUGCGCCUUGUGGUAUUGGCCGCGCCCAGGCUUCCGCCGCUACCGACGCGGCUCGCUGACACGCUGCUGCGAAAGUGAUCAACCGCAGCCAGAAAAGGGGCAGGCCUUCUGCUUCUCCGACUUUUGGGUCCGUUUGGGGGCCCUUUUUCCUCUCCUUGCUGGAUCGGAUCUUAGUGGGGUUACGAGCCCAGUUUCUUAAAUAAUUAAGCUUUUUGGGACCCCUCCCAAAAAGUAGAAUUAUUUAAAAACGGUCGCCAGCCAUUCAGCAGGCCCGCGGCUCUGUCUUCUUUGUUUCUCUCCGAAUGAUGCCUGGAAGACGUCGCUCUGUCGGGCCGGAAAAGACUCGCAACCACAGCGGGAAAAGGCUGCGCGAGCUCUGAGCCGAUGGCCGCUUCGGGAAUCUCCGCCCACGCACAAGACCAGGAAACUCCAAAAAUUCACUUUCUAACUAAGUGGCGAAGUAAUUACUUACGCCUACCAUAAGCAGGGACGCAAAACCCGCAGGGCGGUGCUGUACAGCAGGGACUCGGCGAACAUUUAGCACAAGCGAGGGAGCAGGCAGAGCGAUCCGCGAGAACUGCGCCAGGUGGAGCAACAAGUAUAGCAAGGCAGCCGCGGGCGAGCUAUUUACACCUGUGGACAUGCACCAAGCUGCAGCCGGGGCUAUGCUGAAGAGCAAGAAGACGACGAGGGAGACACAAAAACCAGCGAGGGCGCGCGUAGAUGGCACCGGGUUGGUGUUAACUUUUUCGGCGUCGGGUGUGGUAUCUGGGCGGCCAAAAAGGGCGCUUGCGGUAAUUUUCUACAUAGAUACUCCGGCGCAUGUUCAUCAGCGUGCGUCGGAAUUUUCGCGGCUGCAUGGGGUAGCGGCUCCUCAGCUGGGGGACAGUUCGCGCGUUUUUUCUGCCUCGGAUUUGGAGCAGUUGCGGGGGGCGUGUAGUGUUUUUGGGUCUAGACCAAUGCCGAGGAAGGGGAUGGCUCCUCUUUAGGGAAAAUUUCGCAACGGAAAACUUCGCAACGAACGGUGGGGGGUAUGGCUGCUACAAUCUCGAGCGGCUUCCGGUCUUGUUCUGCAGGCAGCAUCUUAGUGGUGUCGACUUCUGUUAUCUUCUCCGAGUGUUUCGGUGGUUGUCUAUGAGUAAGACUAGCGAUCUCCUACCGGCUGGGGUUUAUGAGGCAGCUGAUGGGCUGGCUUCUACUGUGCAGAAUGAGGCGGCUUUCGCUGUGCUGUGAGCGCUUGUGCCUUCUGAUUCAAUUUUGGCGAGAAUUCUCGGGGGGCUGGUUUGACACCGGAGGACAUACUGUUCAGCUCGGUCUUUUGAUGGACGCCACUGCUACCAAUAGGCCUGAGGAUGAUGCGCCGCCAAGCCAUAGUUAGGCGACUCCGCUGCGACAAAAUCGACCGGGGACGGAGCUGGCCCAGGUUUUCUCCAAACCUCUCACGCAAGAAGGGAGCGAGGCAACUCGUGACGGCGGAGCUUAUCGGCCCUCUCUCAUCGUUCCAGAUCAUCUGCCGCGAAGAGCGUCAAGGCUGCCCGUUUUUUGACCAACGACGCAGCACCACCCAGCAAGGUACGCCUGUGAAUGUGAUUGCUCUGCGAUUGAAUUCGUUACGGCAAAAGGUGUGAGUGAAACUGUGAAGAUGUCAGCAGGCUCGAGCGUGCUAUGGUUAGAAAAAGAAACGAGCACGGUACGGGGGGCGGAGAUGGUUGCUGAUGGGACAUGGGCAGCCACGGGCAAACGCCAGAAGUGGCUUGAGCUGUUCCCUCUUUAUGGGUCUACGGUCUGGCCGUCUAGGAUGAAGGAACAACGAACGGGCGGCGCGCGUUGUUGCUGGAAUGGUAGCAGAACGAGAGGCAAGAAGUCCUCCACUGCAAAAGGAGCAGCUGUGGGCUUAAAACGUGCUCAAGACACCCCACGGACGACGUUUCUUUGGCGGAGGAAUGCAAGCAUAGCCAUGGCAGGACUGAGGUGGGGGCUGAGGCUCACAGGUGCUACUGCGCUGGUCUGGUUGAGACAACUGGACUGCGACGGCCGCAGAGUCUUGCUCCCACGAAGACGAAAAUGGCUGGCGAUCUUUGGGCAUGGGAUGACGAGCCAAAACUACUCAUCGGGAAGACCUCCACAUCUUUGGCUGUCAAGCUUAAGAAGCUGGCUCAGCUCCAGAAGCUCCCGGACUAAGGUAACUGGGACUACCGCUACGAAAUGGAUGCUGUAAAGUGUGGCACUCCUAGAUGAGGGAGAAGGGGGGCCGCUGCGGUCAAGUUGAUAAAGUAACGACAUUGCUGACAACACAACAGAGACACUAAAUAGCAUGAACCUUCUGGCGCAGGUGAAUGAUGAAAAGAGAAAAAAGCGCAAGAACUGAGAAGCUGGGCGACGAGAUCGAAAGAGCCCCCGAAGGAGCAAGGCCGCAGAGUUUUGCGGGGUUUGAAUGGUCUCGAGAGUACCCGGGGCAUGACGCUCCCGAAGUGUGCAAAGCUGAAGACUGGCGCAGCGUUAUCGAUGAGGCUAGCAAGAAAUCGAAGGGUCGGCGCAAUGAAGAGGAAGCGCCCGCGAGAAUCUGGGCAGAUGACACAACGACACCGCGAGGGUUUUGGCUCGGAGAUACCUGACCCAGUCGAGCCCAAAAACUAGUGCGGGCGGUGGCGUUCAAAAUCCAGGGCGUGCUUCGUAGUUCUUCGACCUUCUGCGCGAGCGAGAAGGGAGGUCGAGUCCCCAGAUGAAGGGCCAAUGCUUCGCCCGGGAUGGAUUCAAGAAACCCAGCAGGCGGCAGCGGUGUUCAAAGUGGCCCUUACCAUCCGCAACAGAGUCAAGCUGUUUGGAUAUCCUCUCAAAAGCGCCUUCCAUUUCCAUACUUACGGCGUCACUAGUCGAAUUCGAGGCGAGGGCUUUUCUUGUCGAGCGUCUCGCGGUACUCUAUGUGGAUGGCAAUCGCCAAGGCACAACGCUCGCCCGUAUCUUGCUACUGACAAGGUAGGGAGGCCUCCCUAAGAUGCUUCAUCUCGGUCCAGCCAUCACGUGCGAGAUGUUAAACAUGGACGCGGUGGCGGUGGCGACAAACUUGGCGAAGGCCAUCCUCAGAGGCUUGGGAAUCACGAACAAGCUGCAGAAAGAAAUCAGCGAAGCCACCGAAAUGGACGCGCUUGCAGUGCUGUGCUCAUCCGUAUUCGGAUGGGUACACUCAGUAGCGCAAGGUGGUAGAAUUUUGAGGGGGCAGGCGAUCUGUUAUGCGGCCGCGACGGGCACUAUUUACGAGCUUACAAAGGCGCUGACGGGAUCGAUGCAAGAGCACGAAACGGAAACCAUGGAGCAGGACACGAUCGAAAUGGCCUGAAGUCGAGCGCUGGCGGUCAAAAGUGCCGCGGCGCCUCUUUCGAUAGGCAACGAGGCGGCCCCUGCGAAGUUCUUACAUGGCAGCGCAGUUCUUGCUUACGACGUGCCCACUCUAAUAAAAACGCUAGCGGACCGGCCAGACGUUAGGGCAGCUAUUUGGAUGCUGCCAGAAAAAGACACGGCGCUGAUUUAUUGCGAAGAAGCGACACGGCGGAGAAUGGCUACUGGUGAGGACUAUCGGCGUCGGGCUUCCGCUUCUACGGAACUACAAAAAACCACUGUGGACGCCAAGAACCAGAGCCCGCGCUUUCCUACGGGUGGCAGCUAUCGACGAGCAAAGCAGGACGCGAGAGCAGGGUGGUGGCUUGGCAGGCGCUUCAGAAGUCGCCGCCUUUGGCUUCCAGAGGAGACUGAUUCACGAAAGGGCGAAAGCCAACAAGGGCGGGGGCAUCUAGAGCGGCUUGGGAGACAAGGUUCGGAAUCUUAUCCAGUCUUCCACCCUACGGGUUGAGGAAACUGCAGGAGAGGGCACCUGCGGAGACGAUUGCCAUCGCCGUUGGUGGCGAUCUAUGGCUGUGGGAUGAUGGCAAGCCUCUGCGCACACGGGGGGGAGCUGCGGACAAGCUGAGGGACACGGUGCUGGCGAUGAUGAAGAAGAAGGCGAAGGAGGGAGUUAGAAAAUUCGUGUCACAAAAUAGACAAGAAAGCUAGCCGAGUUUAACAAAACGCAAGAACUGCGAGGAGCCUCGGAGACACUGACACACUGAAAACGAGCGCGGUGAUGCUGGGAAUAUGAGGGAACGAAAGACAAAAGAAAAAGCAAAUUAGGCCGGAACCAUAUCAGCAAGCGCUCUCUUUUUUGUCUGGCACCUUGUGCCCUUGAUUGCGACAGUGAAUUAUGCUUGUGUAGCUGUAAGAUUCCGGAAGGCCUCCCGCUGAUAAUAGUAAAAGAAUGAUGUUGCCGCCAAGAAAGGACGCGACCCCCCCCCACUUUCUGUGGAAGCGUUGCCUUGCGCGGCGUUUUCUUGGAGCAGCUUCGAGGUGGAGGCGGAGUGUGAUAAUGAUUGCAUUGCCCCACCCUUGCUGCCGGUAAUCAUGAUGGUCGAAGACGACUACUUCUGUGAUUAUCUUAAUCCGCAUAGCGCUGCAAAUUCCUUACCAUGAGUUCGCCUCUGUGUAAGUUUUGCUUCGUAGACGGCCAGUAAGGGCCGACCCUGAAGUACAUGACAAUGACCAAGAAGAAGAGCGCCGCCCCAUUCCGAGCAAUCCGCAUUCAUUCCCGAUCGAUUAAGUUCGAUCAAGUGGGAGAUUGUUUUGUCGAUUAAGUUCGACCUGGAAAGCUUUCACUUUCCGAGUACUGGAUAGCUAAUCCGUACUCUUUUGUGCGGCUCUGUCCUUACAGCUGGUCAAUGCUCUCUUCCACUGGAAGAGUCAGCUCAUCAUGACCUUUUCCUUCUUGUCCCCUCACUAGGCUCAACAGCCCCACGGCCGCCCCUUGGGGUACACUUGUGGAAUUGUAUCGUCCUGCCGGUAGUCUAGGAGUACGUACUACUUGGGAUGCCAAUCAAUGAAUGCGCAAUAAAUAAAUCACUCGAAGGAUCCGCUACGAUGUAAAUGGGCAGUGUGUUAUGCAUUUUUUAUCAGUUUGACGGCUUACGGAAAAUUAUCGACAUCAACUUCAACAUUCAUCAGGUCCUGGCGGCUGGAAUGAUAUCGACAUGCUCAUUGGUUCCAGCUUAAAUCCGCACGCCGGCACUUUUCAGCAGAAAAAACUGGGACCGACAGCAUCGAGGUCUCAAUUUUCUCUAUACGCUGUUCUUGGAACUCCGUUGCUGAUCGGCGCUCCCCUGACUAAAACUGACCUUACGAAAUUCGAUCUGGCGACCUACUCUUAAGGCCUUGGAUAUUCACCAUUUAAUAUCUCUGGUUUAGCAGUAUGAUGUCUUGAGCACGCAAAUUUGUCUUGCAUCUCCCUUAAUAUCACAAUUACUUAGUUUUGUUGAAGAUGUUGAUGCUCCUCGCGGGGAACAACAACUUUUUUUAUGAUUCAGAGUUAUCAUAUCAGUGUUGGGAUAAUUCUAACCCAACGACUUCUAAUCUACGAACAAGUUACUGUUGGCCGUGAAUCAGCAGGCUCGCCAACAGGGGUCCCUAGUAUGGUAUGGUCAGUUUUGGCUUUCGCACAUCGGCUACCGUGAGAUCGCACUCGACCGCAGCAAGUUGCAUAUCCUGUCGCCGGCUCUAGCACACAUUGUUCGGCGUGUUGACGGAGCGAAAAAAGAAGCUACGACCGGCUCAAUCAAGUCGUCGUGGAAACGCGGAGACGUGUACUGUGGAAGCGAGGAAGAUUCCCUGCGGGCUGCUGACUUCUAUGCAACCCGGGAGCAGAACCCGUCGCCCAGGCUGGGCGUUUCCACUUCACAGCGCUUGCUUCCAUUUCGCAACGAAGCUAACCUCAUUCAACCUUCCGUUAGGGCAGCACACGGAGAUGUGGAACCAGAACCGGAGCAAGUGCUUCCGUUGAGAAGAGGCGCCGGACAAGACCGAGUCGAGUUAAGGUCCUCUGACUCCCUUUCGAGAAAUGCAGAGCGUGGGCGCGCCCAUGUGGCUAGUCAUGGGCCUGAGAAAGUCACAAGCGCUCAGACUACUGGAAUUCGAAUGCGCACAGUGCCAGAUACUGAAGUUCCCGCCAUUGCCAUGGUUUUCGUCAAUCAUGACCCAUGGUCGUCAAAAAUCACGUGUGACGGAGGAUGCUGGGCGAAAAUUGAGAGCGAUAAUUUUCCUGAGGGCGCAGUGCUCUCUGGCGUCGACGCAUGGCAAGAACACCUAGCGGCUCCUAGCAGUGACCCGCAAGCACAAAGGGUUAUGAUGGAUAUGCGCAGCAAAGCGGCCUGUGGCACUCGCAGGGAUGCGGCGACUCUGAUAGAAGAUCUCGAAAUGAAUGAAAUUGAAGAGGGGAUGCCACGUUCUUCCACGACCACAAGUAAAUGCCAGGUUUCUGCUGUCGCAGACGUUCUAGGAAACUCAGAUUCUCUGGGACCCACGUACGAAGGCGUCGUAGUGGGCAAGGAUUUCUCGGUCAGUGUGCCUGGCGGAAGUGGCAGCGUAACGAUCGUCUUCGUCCGGACGGAUGUCAAGGCUUCUGAGGAAACUAUGAUCGCGGAAGUGGUGCACGAUUCUUGUCCGCAAACACGUCUAGUCCGUCCUUCGGAGGAGAGACGCUCAGAGGACGCGCUCAGCCAAGAUAGAAGGCCGCUUCCGCUGCCGCUCGAAGCUUUUGGAGAGGCGAGAACUUCAUCAGAACAUAUAGUAGUUGAGCCCUACGUCGGGUUUCCGUCGAGCAACAUUUCCAAGACUUCAAUUGCCUUGUUUGCAAACCGGCCUAGUGGUCCUAAUGGUAUGGCAACAGCUAACGCAACGGAGAUGCUUAUGGGCAUCCCGGAAGGGGAUAUCUACUCGUCAAAUGGCGGUCCCGUCGCGCCAGCAACACCACGACAAACUAUCCGAGACGAGCGGCCAGAGCUCAGUUUUCGUGAAGGCAAGUUCGCCGUGCGGAAGCUUGAUAUAGCAGAAGUCUUUUCCGACGAAGAGGGGUCCAUAAGUGCGAGGUCACGUGUGUGGUUUGGUGUUCAGAUGUUGCAACGGCGCAGCAGAGGCGAGCAAGCAGGGGGCUCUGGCAGUCAGAUCAGUUUUGUAUGCCGGGGACCGCUGGACCGCAGUUGCAGUGCGUAUUCCUUACAGAAUACCAGCUCUCUAGAGGAAGCCGAGAAACGGAUUGUGACAAUGAUGCGGGGUGACUUGCCAAACGAAGGAGGGCAGGACUUCGGGGAUGCCAGCGACAUUCGCCCUGAGCAGUUUAGGCCGCGACUACGAUUUUCAAGUCCAUUGCGUCCCACGCGGAUGGCUGAAGCAGACUUCAGGAGCACAGCCAGUUCUGGAUCGCGGGAAGUCCCGUCACCGGGGCUGGGUCAGCUGGCCCCGCGCCUUGUCUCCACCACAGAGCGCUUGGUGCCACACGAUGCGUUCUCAAGCGGAGACAGUGAAGUGGUUCGUGCAAAAGCACCACUUGCAGCAUCUCGGCUAACUCAGUCCACCUUUUCGAGCGGCGAGGAUGGUAUUUAUCGAGGAACGCUAUCUAGUGGAGAGGAUGCGCAUGCGGGUCCCCACCACCGACCAUCACUCUCCGAGUUCUUAUCUGCCAGUUUAUGGCAAAAUUUGUUUAUCUAACUAUGCUUACAAAAUAUCCAAUUUCAUUUUGAAAACAAAAUAACAUGACAAGGAGAAUAUUGGCCGAUGAUUUUACUCCCGUGAUACGCAUGUUCAACUUGGACUGCGACUAUUUUAUUCACCUAGGUUAGCUUCAUAUCUUCGAGAUUCGCAGGGUGGACCGGCAGAGCGUCGCUGCUUUGAGCGGAGCGCCGCGCAGUAUGGCACGAAUGAAACGCACGCAUUCAUUGCCUCGUUGGUGCACGAGCAUUCCAACGACCCGUUUCAUGCUGCGGGUAGACUCCCAGCGAGCGCGAACAAAGGUGCUCUGUCCUCCGCGUCCGCGCGACAGCUCAUCGUUCAGCGCCACAGGAUAGCACAGCUUGGCCGGCCGCCGCGGCAAGAUGAGGCCCAGCCGCAGGAGAAGAUUAUGCCACUAGCGGUAGGGGACACAUCUCGCUCAGGUGCUGAAAGUGCUACUGCCGAACAACUCCACCAUGCUGUGGGCGACACGAGCGCAUACACGCCGGAAGUACCGAGAAGUGCCGCGAUUUCCGAAGAGGAUUCUCUCCGUUCGGAUAGCAAGGAGAGCGUCACCAGUCACGCGUUCGCAAGUCUCCAUGUCACUGCGAGUGCAGCGACACCUGGAAGCCCGACUGCGCUGCUGCGGAAACAGCUCGACAAGCUUUCCCUUGCUAACGACGAGGUCAUCAGGCAGCACUCGGUUUCUGACUCCUCAUGGCAGCUGCCACUAAGUACUGCAGCGGGCGACAUCAUCUUCUCAUCAAUGGCGUCUUCGGAACCAGAAGUGCCUGACUCCCCGGUCCAUCAGCCGGCUUCACCGGGAUCAGAUAGCCUAGUGCAUGAAUUCGAUCGUGCGCUUGCAUGGGCUGGAAAGAAGCAGGAGAAUGUGAGUAGUGCUGGUAGUUCUUCACGCUACCAAGAGGAGAGCAAAGAAGAGGCGAGCCCAACAGAAGACGCCGGAUCCGAGCCUCGGGUAUAUGAUACAACCUGGAGAACACCAGAAUUGCCCCAACCUCGUGGAGCACCGUUGCAAACCGUCUUAUCGACUCUGGGAGCGCCGUCACCGUCUGCCAAAUGGAAGAAGUCGGCCACAUCUAGGAUGGAUCAUAGCACCAAAAAUAUGAUAAAUGGUGCAGGUAGUGCAGAUGAGGACUCAAAGUCGUCGGCGCAGACAUCUUCAUCAAGCACCGUAAUUGUGGAAGCAGAUGACCCGCUUGCACAUGCAGCGGCGGUGCCUGAUCCGCUUGCACACCCGACUCCACCCCAGGGAUAUCUGCACCCGGUACGAGCUAGUCAAUCUGGCGUCCGCGCUUUUGGUUUCCGACCCGAGAACAGAACCAAGCAGAGUGAGGCGGGAACGCACGAAGCGGUUGAGGACCCGUUCGGCGAUUGGUAUAUUUUGGAGGAUGAAUUCGACUGAGUCGAUAGUUAUUUGUUGGGCUGUCUUAGUCAAUAAUCAUGUGCAGCAAGUAAAUGGCCAUAUGCUUGAUGCCAAAUUUUUUGAGAACACCGUUAAAGACCAUGUUUUUUUUCUUUGAAAUCAAAUUCCGCUACGAGCUAUUCCAUGCCGUUCGCAUUCUUUUGCCUUAUUUUGAUUGGGUUACUUUGCCAAUGACCCACGCAUAUUUCAUAGGCAUUCCCCAGACACUUUGUGUCAACCCUGUCCAUGAACCCGAGGCUUUCUGAGAGUUUUUUGAAAACGCACUAGGUCCGUCCUUGACUUUGCAUCAACACUUGACCAGAUAGCGUGAUUACGGAAGCUUUGUAUCGUGCAGCAGCAUCUUUUUCAGUUCCAUAGCGCUGGUUCACUAUGGCAUAAAUGUCCUACUCUGCAUAGUGAAUACGCAGAGGUAGGAGUUUUCAUAGACCUUUUCAAGCCUUUUCCGCGAAUGUGUAUUCAUACUGACAAUGUUGUAGCUCUUCUAGUGUUAAUCAAACCUGCUAGCAUAAUUUUGCUUGAUUACUUUGGCCUUCGUUCUUACCUGCGGAGUAGCGAAGCUAGUGAAUGUUAUUUUCUAAGGCAACAUGGACAGACACACACACACGAACACACUUGACCUUCUACGACCAAUGACCCGGCUCGCAUAAAGAUAGAAAAACCCGCCAUAAUGCAUUACUUAGGAAAAGGUGCCCUCCAAUAACAUGGUAGUUUCUUGCGCGAAGAUUUUAUCGCAUACAGACACAAUUUUGUUGUCUACCCUUGCUUUUACUAUCAUAUUGAGUACUAUUUUCUAGUAUGCGUAGGCAAUGCUUUUGACCUACACGCUUGUCAAUCCCGAAGGCUUAGCAUUACAGAAUCUUCUAAUCAUUGCACCACAGCGCUAGGAUUCCAUAGCUUCACUUUCACAAUUCAUAUGAAGACUGCAGCCUCGCGGCUCUUUUGAGUGUCUGCAACAUCCUCUUUCUUUGGGUGAUCAGUGCCUGAUCGAUGCGUCUAGCUAAUUCGCUCCCGUCUGCAAAAAUAUACUUAUCCGGGUUUCAUCUCCGAUGCGAACAGAAAGCUUGUGCCGCUAUUUCGUUUGUGUUCCACCUGUGUUUUCUUAGGUGGAUCUCCUCUUUUCCUAUCCUGGAAGUAUGGGUGAAAACGCAUUUCCUUGACAAUGUAAGUUCUUGAAACCGACCAUUAUUAUUGGACUGCACACUUUGUGUUAUAUCUGAUCUAUCCACGAGUACUUCCAAGAAG